CCUCUCAAACCCGCACCCUCUUCUCACAGAGUCAGAGGCUGCUGCAACCUCCUCUCUCUGUCUUUCUCAAAUGGAUCGGGUCAAGGGUCCAUGGAGCCCCGAAGAAGACGAAGCGUUAACGAGGCUGGUUCAGGUUCACGGCCCCAAGAACUGGACGGCGAUAAGCAAAUCGAUUCCGGGUCGAUCCGGGAAAUCGUGCCGUCUGCGGUGGUGCAACCAGCUCUCGCCAGAGGUCGAGCACCGUCCGUUCACGCCGGAGGAGGACAGCGCCAUCAUCAGGGCGCAUGCCAGGUUUGGGAACAAGUGGGCCACCAUAGCUCGCAUCCUCAACGGCCGCACCGAUAACGCUGUGAAGAAUCACUGGAACUCCACGCUUAAGAGAAAAUGCUCCGCCGUCGAUACCGCCGUUGAUCACCGUCCUCUUAAACGGUCCGCCAGCGUCGGCGCGGGGUGUUUGAACCCGAGUAGCCCGACCGGGUCUGCCAUGAGCGAUCCGGGUCCUCCCGCCGCUAUCUCCACUGACGCUCCGAUAGCAGUACCCGCCGCUGUGGUUGUUCCUGCCACCGAUCCAGCCACUUCGCUCAGCUUGUCUCUGCCCGGGUUUGAUUCAUCCGGGUCCGGGUCAGGGUCGAAGCAGCUGUUUGGGGCGGAGUUUCUGGCGGUGAUGCAGGAGAUGAUAAGGAAGGAAGUGAGGAGUUACAUGUCGGGGAUGGAGGAGAAGAAUGGAGCGUGUAUGCCAGCGGAAGCCAUUGGAAACGCUGUGAUGAAACGAAUGGGAAUUAGCAACGUCAAGUAGAAAAUUCGCAUGAAAUUGCAGAGUAGGAAAAAAAAUGUUGUUGAAGUGUUUAUUUUAUCUUUUUUUUUUUAGUUUAAUUUUAAUUUCCCUUUACUUGAGGGUUAAAAAAUGGUAAUAAUUAUUUUGGUGCUGUGCAUAAUGACAUAACGUGGACUUCAAAA